GCUGCUGCUGCUGCUGCUGGUGCAGGUGCUGAUGGAGCUGUAGCUGGAGCAGUUGCUGCUGUUCGUUGCUGGCGUGCGGACGGAACAAACAGCAAAUGUCGAAUCAAUUGUUCUUCCUCAGCUUGGCGGAUAUAUUCUCCGUUUAUCCGGCCAUUUUCAAGGAGCGCAGCAAACAGCUUCGCAAAACCAAACAAAUCUAUUUGCCCAGCGAUGAGGAGUGGCAGGACAAGAGGUAUUUUAUGCUGCUCGAGAUACAGCGACAAGUCAACGAUUCCGCCGACAAGACCAUCUCCCUGAAGGACAUCGAUAAGCGGGAAAAACCCGUCUUUGAUCCGCAACGCAUCACCAAGAUCCUUUCGCCCAGCAUCAGUCCCAAUGGCCGGAAGAGUCGUGCGCUCAAACAUUGCCAUGCGACCACAGUGAGGAUCAAGCUGAAGGCCAGUGCUCGCUGGAAUCUGCCCACAAUUGCGAAUGCCGCCAAGCUGCUGAAGAAGCCUCCGCUGCCAGUUGUCUUUCAGAAUGAGCACGAGAUGCGAUUAGCCUACUCCCUCAUCUACGACGUCUUUCGAUAUAAAACAGUGUUGUGCAACGCCCUGUCGGAUAUCUGCUUCUUUGAGCAGGAGCGCUACAAAAAGUACAUUGCUGAUGAGCAGCGGAUUUGGCUGAUGCUCUUCGAGCUCUACGAUCGCCACUUCAAGAACCGCAACUCGGAAAUGCACGCAGAGCAGGCACAGCUCUAUCAGGAUGCAGAGGUGGCGGAAAUUGCCGCUGUGCUUUGGCAGCAUCGCAUUCGGCUGGCUGCUUCCAUUUCCCGCAUGCGAAUUGCCGUUGGUGCACUGCGUCUCUCCCAGCUGCUGCCCAUCCAUCUGCAGAACGAGAAGGUGGCCAUUGCGGCUGCCAAUCCCGUCAUCACUGGCUGGAUCAAUCCAUUUCUAGUGCGCAACAAGGCGGAGGCGGACAAGCUGCUCAUCGAAAUGGGCUUCACUGUGCAUGGUCCGGAUGAUGAGCAACCGCUGCUGGAGCAGCACUGCAAGUGGGACAACAUUUGUCCGCUGGUCAUCUCCAUUAUACCCAAGGAUCGCGGCGAGUUCACCAAGUCCAGCCUAAUGACCAAGCAUCGUUUUAUCAUGCAGGAUAAAAACUUUUCCUAUGGUCCAGCGAUCAUGUCCAAGCUCAUGGACUAUUAUGAGUUAUAUGGUGAUAUACUGCAGACCCAUGUGGAUUCUCCCCGAUCCACCGCCUACCUGGCGGCACUUUUCUACUCCGUGAAUCGUGUGAAUAACUUUUAUGUUUAUGGCGCUGGCGCCAAUCUCAAGGAGUACCGUCGCUAUAUGGAAACGAUAGGCGUGAACAACAUACGCCUUUUUGGCGAUGCCUUCACUUCGUUUCCCAUGGAAUCGAAUCGUUUUCGCAAUGUUAUCGGCGUUUUUGCCACGCCGCCCAACUCCUUUAGUGCCAUCUCGGAUCCCAUCGAUUUGAUUUGUUCGCGUGGCGGGGAUCUGAGUAUGCUGGAAGUGCUCACCGAAUCGGAGGUCAGCGAUGAUGGCAGGCAGCGCGUGGGUUGCAUCCUGGAGGAACAGCUGCUCACCCUCACCAUGUCCAUGUCGCGUCCCCAGAUCCAGUUCGUGCUCUAUCAGACGCACUCGAUUGUGAACACGGAGAACGAGGACAUGGUGCAGCAUGUCAUCGAGGUGAUCAAUAAGCUGGCGCUGGAGAAGCAUCGGCAUGCGUACAAGGAGAUGAAGCGUCUCGAGGCGAUUGCCGAAGCAGAGGCAGCGAAUAUACCCGCUGCAGCCAUGUCCAAGGAGUCGCCACGCAAAAAGGACAAACUCUCCGCCGAGGACAAACGCAAAUCUCAGCCAGAGCUCACCGCCAAGCCGGGUGAACCGGUAGUCCCGGCUGUACAGCUGCCUCGCGUGGACAGCAUCGAUUUGAUUGUCACCCCGGACAUUGAUGAGUUCGUGCUGGACACUGUGCCGGACAUCUGCAUCAACCAGGACAAUUGUAUUCAGCUCCAGUCCACGGGCAGCUAUCUCUCCCUCAUCCGGCGCAAGAGCAUCACCCAACUCAACGAGAAGUAUCUCAUCCGCAUGGCCGAGCGACGUGGUCUCUUUGGCAAGCAGGAGCGCGAUCGCAGCAAAUCCCGUGCCGUCAAACUGCAUGAGAUCAACGAACCCCCACCUCCCGAUACCGCCUACGAUAACUGCUCGGCCAGCUCAAGAUCGGGUGGCCAGCAUGGGGCCCGGCUGCAGCACCAGCGAGCGACACAUUCGAGCGCCAUUCGAUCGCACCUGAUAAAGGUGUCGACAACGCUGAGGCAUCCGAUAGCGUUCAACUUUAGGCGGCGCGAAUGCAAACGCUUCUACGUCUUGCCCGUUUAUAUGCACAGCACAAAGGAAAACAGCCGCUUGUGGUGGCAAUAUGCCUUCAAAUGCGUCGCACGCAACGCUGGCAACGCCGUCUGGAAUCCCAAUCUGAAAUUCAAGUUACACUGCAAGCGUCAGCUGCGCAUCCGUCAACUGCGACGUGGCACGCAAUGGUGCAAUAGGCAGCCGCUCCACCUGCACAUCGCAGACAUCCAGCUGGUGUGCCAUGUGCGCAGAUAUAGCAAGUAGAGAUCGGUUAACUAUAAUUUCACACUUUUAAGUAGGUCUUUUAAUACACAUAUUUUAUAUAGUAUACUUUCGGAGGUAAAUUUAAAUUUCAGUUUCAAUUUGAGCAUUGCGUUGAGCAACUUGUUUUCAAUUUCAAUAACAAAAUUGUUUAAUAACACAAAUGUAAUUUGGCAUAAAUCAUAAGAUUAGUUGUACCGGGAAAUAUACAUCAAUAUAUAUAUAUAUCGACAUCAA